AUGGCUAAAGCCAUAAGGCAACAACAGCAGUGGCAACAACAACAACAACAACAACCACCACCACCCCCAUCUCCAAUGCCUGUGCCACCUCCAGCUCCAGGGUGUCAGCCGCAGACUUAUACUAUUGCUUUGACUAGAGAAUUUAAAAAAAUGAAGCCACCAGAGUUUCAUGGCGGAAUUAAACCAUUGAAGGCCAAAGCUUGGGUCUUACGAAUUGAAAAAUUAUUUGAAGUGUUUCCAUGUACCGAUGCUCAGAAGGUACAACUAGCUGCAUUCACAUUGGAAGAUGAUGCAUGGCGUUGGUGGAUGUUGGUUCGAGAUAACAACAAAGACGCUACUUGGGCUCGUUUCCAAGAAAUCUUUUACGAGAAAUACUUUCUACAAUGUGUGCGGGAUAGAAAAGCAGUUGAAUUCAUGGAAGUCAAGAAAGGAAAGAAAUCAAUUGCCGAAUAUGAGGCUCAGUUUAUAAAGUUAGCUUGCUUUGCACCCCACAUGGUAGAUACAGAUUACAAAAAGGCCAGACAAUUUGAGGGAGGUUUGCGUGAUCCAAUUUUGGAUAAAAUCAAUGUGCUCAAAUUGCUGACAUACGUGGAUGUACUGAAUAGGGCACUAAUAGCUGAAAGAAAUGUGGCCAAUCGUAAACAGAACUUCAAAUGGAAGGGCAAAAAAUAG